AUGCAAUACGAGUUGUAUGAUCCGCCAUCUGACGCAAUAUCGUCUGUAGUAUUUAGCCCUACUAAUCCACACCUGUUACUGGUGGCCUCCUGGGACAAGAGUGUAAGACUCUAUGACAUACACAACAACCAACUACGACAAACGUACACGCACAGUGCGGCCGUACUCGACUGUUGCUUCUCAGAUGGAGCACAUGCAUUCAGUGGUGGAUUAGACAAGAGUCUGACCAAAUUCGAUUUUAACACGGCGAACGAGUCUAUUAUUGGAACACACGAUGAUGCCAUCAAAUGUGUAGAAUACUGUAAAGACAACAGUGUAAUUGUCACCGGAUCAUGGGACAAGACUGUUCGUCUAUGGGACAUCCGUGAAAAAGAUGCCUCAAUUGGUGUUCAUGCACAACCGAAUAAAGUUUUCGCGUUAGACGUAGUUCAAUACAAAUUAGUAGUAGCAAUGGCCGGCAGACACGUGUUUAUAUAUGAUAUACGAUACAUGGCCGAGCCAAUACAACGACGGGAGAGUAGCCUGAAGUUUAUGACCCGAUGCGUAAAGUGCAUGCCCAACGGACAAGGUUUACCAUCAAAAAAAGAAUUGUCGAUUUCCAGCACGCUUUUGUUUGGACAUGGUUAUGCCUGUAGUUCAAUCGAGGGGCGUGUGGCCGUCGAAUUUUUUGAUCCUGCACCAGAUGUGCAAGCGAAGAAGUAUGCAUUCAAGUGUCAUCGUAAGAUAAUAGAUGGCGUUGAUACUGUAUAUCCGGCAAAUGCGCUAGCAUUUCAUCCAAUUCACGGUACGUUUGCAUCAGGCGGUGCAGAUGGGAUCGUCAACAUCUGGGAUGGUUUCAACAAGAAACGUCUUCGCCAGUACCCUCCGUUUCCUACUAGUGUCGCCAGUCUAAGCUUCAACUUUGAAGGAAAGUAUUUGGCAAUAGCAAGCAGUUAUACGUUCGAAGAAGGGGAGAAAGACCAUCCGCCGGAUUCUGUUUAUAUUCGCCCGAUUGGUGAGAAUGAAUGUAAACCCAAAACACUGACCGAGUCUGUUUCGACCUGA